AUGGAGCUGCAGGGAACCAGCAGAGAUAAGAGGAGCAGAAAGGGAUCUCGCAGACAGUCUUUAAAAUCUGUCCUGCUUUAUCUCUGGGACGUUUACUCUGCACCUUCACCUGCAGGCAGAGACGUCCUGACUCUGCUCUCCCUCUGUUUCACACUGACCAUCAUCACCGGCGGCCUGCUCUAUCACUGGCUGUCCAAGACUCUGAGAUAUGACCAUGAGGCGUCCGUUCAGACCACCUGCAUCUACAGCGUGGCUAUGUUUCUGGUCUCCUUCCUGGUCCACCCUCUGCGCUGUGUGCUGACCAUGAUCCUUCCCACCGUGUGCACCAAGCAGGGACGCAAACUCCUCAUCUCAGCCUCUGUCAUGAUCUUAGUGGUGAAUGUCAUCCCAAACAUCACGGUGAACGUGGGGGCAGUGGCUCACAUCUUCAAGUGCACCGCUGAGGGAUUCACAAAGACUUUACUUAACUCAUCUGAACCCUUGAACAAGGCAAAGCGAGAGCUUAUUGAAGAAACCAUCAAAGUGAGGAGGGAAGAUCUGAGCAUCGUCACUAAUUUAAGGAAGCUAGACCACUUCACUCAUGUUGACGUGUCGGAGGUCAAAAGCAGGAUUAAUAACAUGAUUGGACAGAUAGAGGUCACCUUCUCGUACUCCAGGAACCUGCUAAAAGACUGCAAACUGCUGUCGAACCGGAUCCUCGCUGGCAUUUUCGUUGCUUUACUGAUCCUUGAAUCUUCGCGCUACUUGAAAUCAUAUCUCACGUCAGUUCAGUUUGACAAUGGCGACAUCUCCAAAGAGCUGAGGAAAGAAUCAUCUUCUCCUGGGGAAGAAGGACCAGUGCAAAAUGAAAGCAGGCUCUCAAACUGUAAAAUAACAAAACAGGAAUGUGCCUCUUGCUUCAUAUCACUGAUCAUGGUAACAUUGUAUUUCAUCGCCAUAACUGCAAUAGUAGCUUUGGAUCAUGUUGUAUAUCAUAUAGUUCAGGUGAUGGUGCCCUGGUUACUGGAUUUCCCACCUACAUCUGCCUGCAUUAGUGUCGAUUAUAAGGUUCAGUGGUUCGCCCCUGCAUUCUGUCUCAUCCCUCAAUCCUGCCACACUCAGGAGCUGACAAACUUCCACAGGGACUACAAGUGGACCUUCAGCCCCGAGCCAUCGCUCUGCGACGUGACGACUUCGGCUCCGAACCUGGGAGUCACGCUCCUGCUCGGAUGUCUCUGGCUGAUGAGCUACUCCCUGGUGUUCCUGGAGGUUUAUGCAAGACGUCUGCGCAGGAAAAUCUCUGCGUCCUUUUUCAGAGAGCAGGAGGAGCAGAGAAUGGCUCACCUGCUGAAGAAAAUACAAGCAAAGCAAAAUAUGACAGACUGCUGGUUUAUUUUAAAGGAAUCAACUUAAAUACAUGUCACUUGUAAACCUAAGAAUACCUGAAAAACUAGACUUACUGUUUGGCAAACUUUAGCACAAUAUUCUGAGCUCAUGCUGUGUCCGACUUCUGCCUCACAACACGACUAUGAUUUAACCU